UUUGCAUAUGAAUUUCUGGUUCUGGUAUCCUAAACCACCAACCCCCUCAUAUUGUUGGCAAUAAAUUCUUCUCUGAAAACUAUUUUUGGGUUUCCAAACAUCAGAUUUAAAUUAUCACUCUUAGCGCGUCAAUUUUGAGGAUUUUGGAUUGUUUUAUUUAUUUAGAUGCACUUUCUUUUUGUUUUUUCCUUUGAGAGGAGCAAUCUUAUCUUCGGCCACCUUAUCUCUCACUCUUUCCAUCUUUUGAGUUCCUCUCCUAUGCCAUCUUCUUGAAAAAGCCAAGCUUUGGGUUUGUUGAAGGGACGAUAGGGAGGGAGAGAGGGAGAUGGAAGCUUUGCUGCAAACAAAGGGGCUUCUUUCGCUACCCUUAAACCCCAAAACCAGGACCUUGCGCCCAUCCGAGGGGUUAAAGCAGAGGCUUUUUGCUGUAAAACCCAAAACCGUACCUGGAAUUUCUUUGUCUUCGGCUGGGUUUCAGAGAUUUCAAGGGUUUGUAUCGAAACCAAAUGGGUUUUGCGCAAACGAGAAAACUUUGCACAUUUGCAGGGCAGAGGCCGCUGCUGCAGCUGAUGGGCAGCCUCUUCUUGGCGAGCCUGACAAGCCAAAGGUCUUGGGUGUUGAGAUUUCGACUCUCAAAAAGAUAAUUCCUCUUGGGUUAAUGUUCUUUUGUAUCCUCUUCAACUACACAAUUCUUAGAGACACAAAGGAUGUGUUGGUUGUUACGGCCCAAGGGAGUAGCGCCGAGAUUAUACCUUUCUUGAAGACAUGGGUGAAUUUACCUAUGGCUAUUGGGUUCAUGUUGUUGUACACAAAAUUGGCGAAUGUUUUACCCACGCAGAGUCUGUUUUACACUGUUAUUGUACCCUUUAUAGCCUUUUUUGGGGCUUUUGGAUUUGUUCUGUAUCCUCUCAGCAAUUAUAUUCACCCUCAUGCGCUCGCCGAUAAGCUUCUGAAUUCUCUUGGUCCGCGGUUUCUUGGUCCUCUUGCCAUUUUGAGGAUUUGGAGCUUCUGCUUAUUCUAUGUGAUGGCAGAAUUAUGGGGAAGUGUGGUUAUCUCAGUACUAUUUUGGGGAUUUGCCAAUCAGAUAACUACCGUUGAGGAGGCCAAAAAAUUCUACCCUCUUUUUGGACUUGGAGCCAAUGUUGCCCUAAUUUUCUCAGGACGAACGGUGAAGUAUUUCUCUAAUUUGAGGAAAAAUUUGGGUCCUGGUGUUGAUGGUUGGGCCGUUUCCUUGAAGGCAAUGAUGAGCAUUGUGGUGGUGAUGGGGCUUGCAAUCUGUUUCCUUUACUGGUGGGUGAAUAAGUUUGUGGCUCUUCCUACACGUAGUAAGAAGAAGAAGGCAAAGCCCAAAAUGGGGACUAUGGAGAGCUUGAAAUUCUUGGUCUCUUCAAGGUACAUAAGGGAUCUUGCCACUUUGGUUGUUGCUUAUGGUAUCAGCAUCAAUCUUGUUGAGGUUACCUGGAAGUCAAAGCUCAAGGCUCAGUUCCCAAGCCCGAACGAGUACUCAUCCUUUAUGGGUGACUUCUCUAGUGCAACUGGAAUUGCAACCUUCAUAAUGAUGCUAAUAAGCCAAUUUAUAUUUAACAAAUAUGGAUGGGGAGUUGCAGCAACCAUCACGCCCACGGUUCUGCUGCUGACAGGCGUUGGCUUCUUUUCUCUGAUAUUGUUUGGGGGCCCAAUCGCUCCUGUUCUUGCGCAGUUUGGUAUGACUCCUCUUCUUGCAGCUGUUUAUGUGGGUGCCAUGCAGAAUAUUUUCAGCAAGAGUGCCAAAUACAGCUUGUUUGACCCUUGCAAAGAGAUGGCCUAUAUCCCUCUGGAUGAAGACACCAAGCUUAAAGGGAAGGCAGCCAUUGAUGUUGUCUGCAAUCCGUUGGGGAAGUCGGGAGGAGCUCUCAUUCAGCAGUUUAUGAUUUUAACCUUUGGAUCACUUGCAAAUUCAACGCCUUACCUUGGAGGGAUACUUCUGGUGAUUGUUCUUACAUGGUUAGCGGCAGCCAGGUCGUUGGAUUCCCAGUUCACUGCUUUGCGCCAGGAGGAGGAGCUUGAGAAGGAGAUGGAAAGAGCAGCUGUUAAGAUUCCCGUUGUAUCACGAAACGAAGAUGGAAAUGGUUCUCUUGCAAGUGCUGCUCCUCUUCCGGUGCCAGGUGACUCAACUGGCAGUUCGUCUGAAACAUCAACCCCCCGUAAUAUUUCAUAAUAUUACGUCUUCCAUUAUGUGUCAAAGCUGGAAGAAUAAGAUACUGAAGCCGCGUUAGGUGAACCGCCGAUUUACUUUACAGAGGUGAAUGAUAGCUUAAGCUGGUAUGCAUCUGACUGUUUAUCCACCAUUGCUGUGGACGGGUUUACCUUUUAUGUUCCCUUCUUUUGUAGAAUUUCAUUUAAUUUAUAUUGAUAGAUACCGUUUUUCAUUCCACAAUUUUAUGAAAGUUUCUUGCUGCAA